AUGGGUCUAUUGACUCUACAAGAGAGUCCUAUAACAGAAGUGAUUAUCAAAGCAGUGAUGUAUCUGAUGAGAAAUAUGUAGAUAAUAUUUUUUUUAGCAAUGCAAGUAAUUCUCAAAGCAGUAAUACAUCUGAUGA